AUGAAGCUGGUCUUUGCAUUUGCUCUUCUUUUCUUCAUAAACUUCGCUGUUUCCCAAGGAUGUUCUGAUGGACAAUUCGCUUAUUAUUCAUCAUGUCUUCAAUUUAUGCGAACACCUUUAGAUUUUCAUACAGCAAAUUCAGUUUGUAGCGGAUUUAAUGGACAUCUAGUUUCAAUUCAUAAUGCAAUUGAUAAUCGAAACGUGGCAAGUCAGGCAAAACACUAUGUUGAUGGACCAUUUUGGGUUGGCGCUAGAUCAAUUGCAGCAGAUGUUAAUAAUCUAGCAAAUUGGUAUUGGACCGAUGGAACUAAAUUUAAUUAUCAGAAUUAUCAAGCUGGCCAACCAGUCUCCCAAGGAUCAACAUCUUGUAUGGAGGUUCUAUCAGCCACUGCAAAAUGGUUUACUGCAAAUUGUACUGCCACUCUUUUGCCAUAUUUUUGUGAAUUCCCUGCACCAAUUGAACCAACUUGUUCAACACCAAUUUGUGCGAGUCAUUGCCCAUCAGGUUAUACUUGGUUUUCAGAAACUGACUAUUGCUAUAAGGUUGGUAUUACACAAUUAAAAAAAAAUUAAAUAAUACUCAUGUCAGAACUAUGUUCAAUCAACAACUUUCGAUGUUGCUCGCAAAACUUGUAUAGCUGAUGGAGGUGAACUUGCAUCAAUUCACUCACAAGCUGAAAAUGAUUUCUUAGUCGGUAAGUUUUUUUUCCAAGCUUAUAUAUCGUGUUGAUAAUAUCAGUGAUAAUUUUUCAGAAUUCACAAAAUCUGGAAUCACUAACACAACUAGUAACGGGUGGAAUGAACAAGUUUAUAUUGGAUAUAUUUAUCAAAAUCAAAAAUGGCAGUGGACAGAUGGAACUUCAUCAAAUUUUGUGAAUUGGGCAGUUGGUGAACCAAAUAAAAUGGACUUUGAAUGGUGGACUACUGUGAGUUUAUUAAAAUAGAUUUUUUAAGAUUAUUUGAUUUUCAGUUGGUUGCUGAUUAUCAAUUGGUUUUGGAAACAUACGAAAACAAAUGGAAUAAUGUUGGAAAUAUCACUGAGAGAGCUUUUGUUUGUAAACAUGCUGUUCUUCAUUAA